AUGAGUACAAUGAAUUGUGCCACUCUGUAUGGAUACGAGCUGGCUAGCCAAAUUGACCAGUUGGUGAUGCGAAAAAUUGCAAAUGAGAAGAUUCAAGUUGGGGAAAAUAAAAAUUGGCCACAACAAAAAACGUUAUUUAUUAUUUACUCAAAGAACAUAUCCACCUAUUCAUACCUGCACAUUAUUCUGAAAAAGAGUUUGUUCCUAAGUGCAGAUAUUACGUUUGUGCUCAUCCGAGUCCACAAGGGCUGCAACGAAAAGAGGUUAAUCAAUUUAAUAAAAAAAAUAAAUACACGAGGAAAGAACACCUGGCUCAUAAUUCUCUCUCCGUUGUCUCGUCACAUAAACAAGUGUUACAUUUCUACUUUCAUUACAGAAGAGAAAGAUGUAGAUCGAUCUAAUUGUGCACUCAUGUGGAAGUUAUUGUUCCGUGGUAGUAGGAGUAGUACUUGUGGGGGAGAUGCCCAUAAUGACGGAUGCAUGACUCUUGUCCCGCCGAUCCCCCUUGCACAUCCGCCUCCGUAUUUAUAUACACAAAGUGAUGAAGCUUUCCUGCUCUGUCUUCUUUACAUUUUGCACCUUCGCAUGAUAAAAAAGAGUGAGUAUAUCUGGACGAACGCUAUUGCAAAUGCGACGAUACGGAAGGAAAAGACAGUUGAGGGAGACUCGCAAAACGUGAGUGACCCUACGGAGGGGAAUUACCCGAGCAGGGAUAACACCCUACCUAGUAACCUUUGCAGCGACGUCAAACAUAUUAAUAAUGUAAGCCCAGAAAUUCACAACUACCUGAGGAGUAGCACCAAAUAUAAUCUCCCAUGUUGUGUCCACGCCGUCCUCCUCUUCUUGAAAUAUUAUCAAAUACAUGUGAAGGGGAAGAAUGUGUUGAUUCUGAGUAGCAACAUAAAUAUUUUCCUAUCCCUAUUUGCCUGUUUUUUUCGAAAUGAAAUUUCGACGACGGUUUAUGAUCCGCUGCGGGGGGAGGUUCUGUGUAGGUACAGUGAAGAGGAAAACAAGUGCUACCUACGCACCAGUAACCUAGGAAAGCUACACAUAAGAAACAAAACCGAUUUUAAAAACAAGUGCACAAUUUUCUCCAACUCGUAUGUAGCUACCAUUAAGGGGUACACAAAAAUUACGCACCAAGAUUUAUCAACACUAAGCAAGAAUAUCGAUAGAAGGAUUGUAAAAAAGGCAGAUGUCAUAAUAAUAGCAAUAGGUUGUCCUUACAUUUUAAAAAAAAAAAAUAUUAAACAAGGCGCAAUUGUUUUAGACUUCGGAAUCAAUUUGGUCCCCCCUCGAGGUAGGCACAUGGAUAGUAGGGUGACCUCCCUUUGCGAUUCCUCCGUCAGAAAUAAGAGAGUGGACAUGGAAAAGGGGCCACCAAAAGUGGAGGAAGGGAAUUUCCCUUGUAGAAGGGGAUUCUUCCAGCGUGCCAAAUACAAGAAGGGGGCAAAUUACAACACGCUGCAAAAUCGCAAAGGUUUGGUGAAACAUAUAUGCUUAAGUUGUUCCCGCAUUGGUAAAACUGCCACAUGUGAGAAUUUCUUUGGUGAGGAAACCACCAGAGUGAAAAGAGAAGGUACUUCUCCAUCUCACUCUUAUAACGAUUGUCCGAUUUGUCCGCCCAGUGGAGGGAUAAAGAGGGCCCACAACAAAUUCCAUAAAAUAAUUCCCCUGAAAAGCCGCAACUCCAAAAUUAAAUUCGCCAAUGGUUUAGCCAAGUGUUUGCACAAUUACGCAAUUGUUGGUGACGUGGAUGCGAACUGUAAGCAGAAGUGCGCACUCGUUUCGAGUGUACCCGGGGGGCUGGGCCUCAUCACCACAUCCAUGCUCUUUUAUAAUUUGUACUUCAACUGA